GGACCCUGGAUCGCCCAAACCUGGGCAGCGGAGCCGAACCAGCCGACGGAUUGGUUUCUCCAGCGCUCCUAAAGCGCCGGGAUCCAGCGGCCAGGUUUUACUCCGAGCCUUUGCCGCCGCCGCUGCUGAAAACUGAAGAUCCAGAAGUGGGGGGGGAUCAGGAUCCGGAAACCUGAAGCCCUCAACUCCCCCAGGCCAGGGAUGGCCCCUGCUGUAGCCCCCGGAGAGCCAGAGGACCAGGCUCUCUCCUAGGGUCUCUUCUUUCUCCUCUAGAUAUUCCAGCCCCCAGUGCCUGGCACAUCCCUUCACCUCCCACUCCAGAUCCGCCAUGGAGCUGAACGGGAAGAAGAAACUUCAUGCUCUUUCCUUGGCAGAGAAGAUCCAGGUGCUGGAGAUGCUGGACGAAUCCAAGAUGUCCCAGUCAGAGGUGGCUCGUCGCUUCCAAGUCUCCCAGCCCCAGAUCUCCCGCAUCUGCAAGAACAAGGAGAAGCUGCUGGCUGACUGGUGUAGCGGGACGGCCAACCGGGAGCGGAAGCGCAAGCGGGAGUCCAAAUACAGCAGCAUUGACGAGGCCCUGCUGUGCUGGUUCCACAUCGCCCGCACCAAGAUGUGGGACGUCACAGGGCCCAUGCUGCUUCAGAAAGCCAAGGAGCUCGCGGACAUCAUGGGCCAGGAGUUUGUGCCUAGCAUUGGCUGGCUGGUGCGGUGGAAGCGCCGUAACAACGUCUGCUUUGGCCAGCGGCACCCAGCACGAGCGGUCCAUGCCCCUGAGCCCCCGUGCGACAAGGGACCGGCACCGACUUCCCUCAGCCUGCCCCAGCUGCUGAAGGAUUUUGCCCCGGAGAAUGUUUUUGGCUGCGAGGAGGUGGUGCUGCUGUAUAAGGCCAUGCCGGGCAGGGAGUGGGAGGGAAGGGAACGGCUGUGCGUGGCGCUGUGUGUGAACGGGAGCGGCACAGAGAAGCGGAAGCCCGUGGUGGUCGGCAAGCGGCUGGCUCCGCGAUGUUUCUUUGGGGUCAACACGGAAGCUUUGCCGGUCCUUUACCGCAGCAGCGCCGAUGGUCAGCUGACACCGGAGCUCUUCUCAGAGUGGCUGACGGACUUUGACCGGGAGAUGGGCCGGCAGCACCGCAGUGUGGCGCUGGUGCUGGACGCCGAGCGGCGCUGCCCUGAUCGAGAGCCUGCCAACAUCCGCCUGGUCUUCCUGCCCCCGCGGCCUCGCCAUGACAACAGCCCCUCGCCUUGCCCGCUCCACCCCGACAUCGUCCGUGAUUUCAAGUCCCGCUACAAGCGCAGGCUUUUGGGCAAAGUGUCCUCCAUCAGCAGCGAGACUGACAGCUCCCCGGCCUCCAUCGCUGCCUCCAUCACUGUGCUGGACGCCCUCCACAUGGUGGCGGCCGCUUGGGACAAAGUCCAGCCCUCCCUGGUGGAACGGUGCUUUAGGGAGGCCGGCUGCUCUAAGGGGAAGGGGUCCCUGGGGCCCCCCAGCCUUGCCCCCCCCAGGGGGAUGAGCCUAGAAGAUUUCUGGCGCUUUGUGGACAUGGAGACAGAGCUGGCCUCUCCCCCAGCCCUGCCCCCAGCCGGGGCCUAUAAGGAGGAGGAAGAGGAGGAGGGGGAGGGAGAGGACCUUUUUGGCACCCUGCCCACCAAGGCCGAUGCUUUGAAGGCCCUGGGGACCCUGCGGCGCUGGUUCGAGUGCAACGGCUCGGCCGAGGGGGUCUUCCAGCAGUUCUACAGCUGCGAGGAGGAGGUGGAGCGGCUGUGCUGCUAGUGAGCACCCAACUCCCCACACUACCCCUGGCGGCCUCCCAGCGCUAGAGCAUGGAGGGGCUGGUGGCCCUUUAUCCCACCAACUCAGUGCUUAGAGAGCAGGAUUCCAGCCCAAUCGCCCAGUGCCUGAGUGCGGGGGGGCUGGCGUCAUGCCCCAGUCCCCCACUGGGGGACACCAUAGGGACUGGAUUCGUGCCCCCAUUCUCUGCCACAGCCUCUGAGAGCUGGUUCUGGGGGAGAGGAAUUGGAGACCUGCCCUUUUCUUUCUUCUGGGUGCAUCUUUAUGGGCAUAUAAAGAUCUGGAAGAGCCCCCGUUACUAGUUACUGCUAUUACCACCACUCUCAGCAGGAUCCUCAGCCAAAAGUUUCACACUGGCAAUUCUGGGGUGCCCCCAUUUCAAGGAUGUCCUGCUAGUCACCCCCCCAAAAGGGGCCAAGCGUCUUCAGAAGGGGGCUUGAGUCAGGCUCCUGUCAUCCUAAUGGAAUCACAAUUACUGCAACUCUCCUGAGUCAGGCUUAGAAACUUUUCCCCACAGAACUGCACUUCUGCACGAAAUAAAUCUAGGGAAGAAAGAAAGCGGGAGUUGAAUUUUGACAGUUUCCCUCCCAAUUGUUUGAGCGCUAGGGCAUUCAACAAAACCAACCCCCCUGAAAGCGAUAGCAACACCAGCCUGAGUGGGGAAAACAGCUCCCCACAUUAAAUGAAUUUCCUUUCCAGGCACCUUAUUAUCCUUCAGCUUCCCAGGGAUCCAAGGAAAGGGAGGAAGAGAAGUGAUGUUCUAAUGUGAGGUAGUGCACCACCCCAGAGCCAGCAGCCUCUGAUCUUUGGAUGGGAAGAUUUAACUUCCAUGGCUGCAGAGGUGAACAGAAGUAUGGACCAGAGGGUAGGGCAGUGGCCUGGAAGUCAGGACUCCUGGAUCCUAUUUCUAGCUCUGGGAGGGGAGUGGUGUCUAGUGGUCAGAGCAGAGAAGGCCUGUACUCAGGAUUCCUGGGUUCUAUCCCCAGCUCUGAGUGGGGCGUGGUAUCUACACUGUAAUGUAAGCCCAGGGUUUGAACUCAGGCCUAACCCCCCUUCCGUCUACACACUAAUUGCACUAACUCAGGGUCAGAGGACCCCAGAGGAGUAGAGGGUCCAAGCCCUAUUGCUUUGCAGUGUAGCGGCAGCCCUACUGGACUCAAGCUCUGGGAGUCUGCCAACGGUCUCCCACAAUCCCAUGGGUCAUCUUUCUUUGUCCUCUGAACAGGCAAGGUUUCCCACCCUGUACCAUGACCAAAGGGCUAGCGCAGCCACGUUUUGGGAGGGCACAAGGAAGUGUGGGACAUGGUAGUUGGACUCGGGCCUGCAUAAUGCAGUAUAGAUGCUGGAGCCCUAGGUUGGGCCCCAGGGUUCAACAAUCCCUAACCCGGGGUAACAAAGGAGUGUAGAUGCUCAAACCCUAGGUUAACAAACCUAGGAUCUGCACCCUCCAGUUCCACUCACCCUGGACUUACAUUGCAAUGUAGACAGGCCCUGGGAGUCCUGACUUCUGGGCUCUAUUCCGAGCUCUGCCUCUGACCUUGAGCAAGUCCCAAAUCCUCUCGGUGCCUCAGUUUCCUCUCCCACCCUUUGUCUGUUUCGACUCAGCUCUUUGGGGGCAGGAACCAUCUCUCGCUAGGUGUACAGGGCCCAGCCUAAUGGGGGUUCUAAGUGCUACCAUAAUGCUCCUAAUAAAUAAGGAAAUACCUUUUAAAAAGCAAGAUAACCAAACCAGACUUACAGGCCAUAAAGAGGAGCAGAUGCCUCAUUUUAUUAAUUCCCCCUCCCCCACCUUCUUUUCAAGUCACCUUUAAACAAACACACACUGUAAAACUACGAUAUUUCCUAUGGAAAUGGCCUUGCCACAGGGAGCUGCACCCACAGACAGAAUUCCUGGCUUGCCAUACGGACAAUGGCUGAUGGUCCUAUUUUUCCAAUGGAAACUUAACUCGCUGUCGAGAGGUUUAAACAUGCCCAGUUUGUUCUGCUGCAAAACAUAAUGGCCCUGGGAUUGGAGAGGGGUUUUUGCUUUGUCCGCUGUUGCCUGGACAUACUAGACUAGCUUUAUGGGAAAGCAGUGGGAGUCGGUUCUAUCCCCAGCUCUGGGCAGGGAGCUGAAUCUAAUGAGGUAGAGCAGGGCAGGCUGGGUGUCAGGACUCCUGGGUUCUGUUCCCAGCUUGGUCACUGACUGGAGCAGCUCAAUUUGCCAUUCUCUGCCUCUUUUUCCUCUCCUGCCCUUCGUCUAUUCAGGCUCUAAGCUCUUGCAGGGACGGUUUCACCCCCUGUCUGUGCAGCACCUGCCCAAGGGGUGGGAGGGAGGCUCCCCAGUCUUAGUCAGAAAUGCCAGGCACUCUCAGAACAGAAAUAAUUUACUCACAUACCUGACUAGCUUGCAAGAUCAGGGCCCUUACAGAGGAACAAUAACAAAACUUCAAACCUAGUUAAUAGACUGCAAGGGACACUGUGGAUCAUCUCAUCUGCCCUCCUGCGCAGCCCAGGCCGGGGAAAGUGCAGAGAUUGCAAACUUCAAUCCAGUUCAAUGACUAACAUUUCAGGCUGUCCCCUGAAACGAGGGUAUCUGCGCUGUUGGCGCCGAGUUGCAGUCAGUUGCAGCAAAAAGACCACCCUUUGCAGAGGAGGCUGUUAGUAGGUCUGGGGCCGUGGUUCCAGAGCCACAGGUUCUGGAACUAGGGGGGAGGGCAGCCCCCAGCUUGAAGUGGUUUCCGUUAUAUACAGAGUUUGCAGUUAGGUUGAAUGGCUCAGCACCCCCACUAUACAGAUUGUACACGGGCGCUGGAACAGAGAGCCCCAUUUACUCCAGCGGUUCACCCUGCUAAGAUCUGACUGUAGGGCCGGGUCUCCAUUCAACACACAGCUCCUUCAGUACCCAAGAUAUGCUGGGUUUGGACUCAUCCUCUCCAAAAUUUCCACCAUGGUUGUCGCUGCAGGAAAGCAAACGGCGUAAACAGAACGGGUCGGGCAACGGGGUUUUGCUUUGCAAAAUUUUGAUGAAAAUGAAUCAAAAUCAUUUUGUUUUUUCAGGAAAGGUUGAAGGACUUCAGCCAGAGCCCAAAGUUUGUCCCAAAAAAACAUUUUGUUGCUGUUGCUGUGUCUCAUGGGAGUUGCGUUUCAGUACCUCAUUCUUUUUGAUAGGCCAGGCUCCCAGGUCAGACUACAUCUCCCAUAAUGCACCACUGUCCUCCUUCUUGAAAGGGUACCUCACUGGAAAUGUUAUCUGUCUGGAAAAGACCAGCUCGUACAGGAAAAUCAAGGACAUGGGGUGUCCAAACUAAAACUCCCACGAAGCACUGCAGCAGCAUCUCCAAAUUGAAAUCUUUUGAUUUUUGACAAAAAAUACCCCAAACCAAUACAAAAAAUGCCCAGACAUUUCCCAUGGGAAGCAGGUGCUUUUUGCAAAACAUUUUCUUUAAAUCAAACCCACAACUUUCCAGGGAUAAAUAUUUUCGAUGGAAAAUUUUCCUUCCGCCUCAUUUUCAACCUUGAUUGUGCAGCAGCCUGGGCUUCAUGCUGCCAGUGUCUCCAGGUACCUGCAUGGGGAACAGACAUUUGAUUACCGAGGGCUCUUCAGUCUAUCCAGCAAAGGCCUAACAUGACCCAGCAGCUGGAUGUUGAAGCCAGACAAGUUCCAAGGAACAAUGGAUGAAGGGCUGGAGUGGAUUCUCCAUCACUGGCACUUUUUAAAUGCAGACCGGAUGUUGGGCUGACAGAUCUGCUUCAGUUCAAAUGGGAAUUAAUUGAGGAGUGACCUGUGGCCUGUGCUAUACAGGACGUCAGACCAGAAAUCUAAGAAUUGCCAUCACAAUGUGACCCCACCGUUCCAAUUCACGUGGCGCUUCGCAGCUAAACAAUUCCCAGGGAUACAGCUAAUGUUUUGGAUUGGAUCAGGCAGCAGGAAAGCAGUCUCACCGCCCCUAGGAGUUCCAAAAUCAUGAGCUGGCUGGAAAAUCAGCACGCUAUUGGCUUAAAUUUUUUGUUUUGUUUUGUUUGUUUUUGAAACACACACUUUCCCCCCCUAAAGCUACUGUCUGGGUUUUCAGUUGUUUCCAGGCUUCUCCCUGCACCCACAGGCUGGAAAUAUUAAAAAUACAUAUGCACACA